AUGGGAGUUCGAGGAGCAUUCCAUCUACUACUCGUGUGCCUGAGCCCAGCACUGCUGUCUGCUGUAAGGAUCAACGGGGAUGGCCAGGAGGUCAUGUAUCUGGCAGAAGGUGAUAAUGUGAGGCUAGGCUGCCCCUACAUCCUGGAUCCUGAGGACUAUGGUCCCAAUGGUCUGGACAUUGAGUGGAUGCAAGUCAACUCAGAACCCUCACAUAGGGAGAAUGUGUUUCUUACUUAUCAAGACAAGAGGAUCGGCCAUGGCAACCUCCCUCAUCUGCAGCAGAGGGUCCGCUUUGCAGCCUCAGACCCCAGCCAGUAUGAUGCCUCCAUCAACCUCAUGAACCUGCAGGUAUCUGACACAGCAACAUAUGAGUGUCGGGUAAAGAAGACCACCAUGGCCACCAGGAAGGUCAUUGUCACUGUCCAAGCACGUCCUGCGGUACCCAUGUGCUGGACCGAAGGCCACAUGUCCAAGGGCAAUGAUGUGGUCCUGAAGUGCUUUGCCAAUGGAGGCUCUCAGCCCCUGUCCUACAAGUGGGCCAAGAUCAGCGGGCACAGUUACCCCUACCGAGCUGGGUCCUACCACUCCCAGCACAGCUUCCACUCUGAACUUUCUUAUCAAGAAUCUUUCCACAGCUCCAUCAAUCAAGGCAUGGGCAAUGGGGACCUGGUGUUGAAAAAUAUCAAUGCAGAUGACGAUGGGCUGUAUCAGUGCACAGUGGCCAACCAUGUGGGCUACAGCGUCUGCGUGGUGGAAGUGAAAGUCUCAGACUCCCAGCGUGUAGGCAUGAUCGUCGGCUCAGUGCUGGGCUCUUUGCUCAUGUUGGCCUGCCUGGCACUAGGCAUCUGGGGGAUCAUCGCCUGCUGCUGCGGAGGCGCCGGGGCUGGUGGUGCCCGCGGUGCCUUUGGCUACGGGGUCGGCGGCGGGGUCGGCGGAGGGGCCUGCGGCGGCGACUUGGCUAGUGAGAUCAGAGUGGACGCCGAGGCGCCCGGGUGUAAGGCCAGCGGGCGCGGCAGCCGCGUCACCCACCUCCUGGGGUAUCCGACGCAGAACGUCAGCCGCUCCCUGCGCCGCAAGUACGCACCUCCGCCCUGCGGCGGCCCCGACGACGUGGCCCUAGUGCCCCGCACAGCCUCCGCAGCCUGCGAAGCGGGCCCCUCCCCAGUCUACAUCAAGGUCAAGAGCGCGGAGUCGGCCGAUUGCUCCGACUGUGUCCAGGUCGAGCAGCGGUCGUGCAAGGACGGCCUCUUAGUGUGA